CGGGUAGUCAGUUGGUUACACAAUAAUUGCGAAACUCUUUGUAGCUUACUUUACGCACAUGUGACGGUCGCAACCCACAACUCGAAAGUGCCGCGAACGUGAAGAGGCGCUUUUGUUUUCAUUAUUCGAUUCGAAGAUCCUGUAGAGCGCGCUGACGUCCGUACUUCUGCUGGUGCUUUUAAAAUUAUGUAAUCCUGUAAUAAUAUCUAUUGUUAUUGAUUAAAUUUGGUUGAAUUAUCCAUCUACACUCUUUGAUGUGAUUACUGAUCUCGAAAAUAACUUUUGCUGUAUUUUGUUGAGUUUGUCAAAGUUAUCUUUUGAUUACUGCAUCUUUGUAAACACUGAAAUUCUAGUUCGGAACUCGACUGAAUUAAAGAUCAAUUGACAUGAAUGUAGGAGGAUUAUUCAAAGGGUUGGUGCACCUUGUGGCAAAGUACCCGAAGGGUACUAGCUUGACAGGUGUUUCGCAUCAACAAGUGAGAACGAAAUAUGCUGAUUGGAAGAUGAUUAGGGAUGUCAAAAGGAGGAAGAUGGUGAAGGAAUAUGCGAUGGAGAGGUUACGAGUCAAUAGUCUGCGGAAGAAUGAUAUUCUUCCAUCAGCUUUGCGGGCCAUUGCUGAUGAAGAGAUCGCUGCCUUCCCUCGAGACUCCUGCAAGAGUCGCAUAGUUGAUCGUUGUGCCAUCACAUCGAAACCUCGAGCUACUGUGAGACCUUGGCGUUUGAGUCGAAUUGCAUGGCGCAAUUUAGCAGACUACAAUAAGCUUUCUGGUGUUCAGAGAGCUAUGUGGUAGUUGAUAGAACAUACUUGUUUACCCAAUUGUAUAAUAAAAUAAAAAUUGGAAAGCAAUUUAUAAAUUAAUUUUAAGUGUUGUGGAAAAUAAAUUUCAUGAUUAUCAAUUUUGUAUGAUCUUUUGAUUUACAAGAAUGGAUUUAAUCCAUUUAUCUUCCUUUUUAACCUGUUAUAUCUGGAAAAAGUUAUUUGAGCUGUAGAAAUUGAAUUCUUGUUGAAAGUUCACAUUCAUUAGUUGUUUUUACUAUUCAGUGUGUUAAAAAGAAUAAUAUUAAUGGGUGAAUUCAGGAUUGGUAUAAAAUGUUAUGAAACUACAUUGAUUUUAUUAUACAAUAUUCAAUGUUUCAAUAAAUAUUACUGAAGAAAAG